AUGUGCCUCGCAGACGUAACCCACUACAUCUGCACCCUUUGCAACACCCGCGCCGGUAAACCCCGAUGCCGCGUUCUCGAAAAAUGCCCCGCCGCUCCCGCCUCCGAGCCCCACUGCGGCCUCCUCCGCGACCCGGCCCCGGACCCCGACCCCUCCGACCCAGCGCUCAACCCUUCCGGGCUGGAAUUCGAAGCGUUAAAAGUCGCGCCGGGAUACACGCUCAUCGACGCCAGCCAUCGACGUCCGAAACCCAAGUUAUAUACCUGCGAACUGUGUCUCCAUCACCUCGGCCCGGAAGAAGCCAAGGCUAGAGCGAAGUGGUGGCGUGACGAACAGAGAUCCGUCCUGAGGGAGAAGAGAGUAAUGCCGGGUCCGUCUACGGCGGGGUGGGUUGACAUUUUGAGGAAAUGA